UCGAGUAUCAGAACGCAGUUGGGAGCUCGUGGUUCCCCCCGCUUCCACGAAUACCAGAGCAGCCCUGUUCUUAAGUUUUUUUUUUUUAGUUUUUGUGUUAUCUCUUCUAACGUAAACAAUGAACCUUGAAUUUCACGGAAGACUGCACCUUUGGAACAAAUGGAAACUGUCCUAAUUAUCGAGUGCCCCCGAGGCCAGAAAUAAGUAAACGGUCAUAGUGAAAGUGCGAUGUCGAUCAGGAAUGCAAGUGGAAGGGGAUUCGUGAAGAUAUAGUCUGUAGAUGAAGAACAAAAACACAGAGUAGCAUACUGUUCUUGCAAAGAAUCGUUCGGUCUCGUUAUAACAGCCUGGGGGAGUCGUGACAUUGUUACAUUUGGAAAAAGGAUUUCUCCGGUACGAUUGUUAUAGUAGAGUACAUACGAAAGUGGUCAUCGACGAUUCAGUUCCCUAACGGAGUUUUUCCUUAACAGAAGCAAUGAAGACUACUUCGAUAUUACUUCCGAACGGGUGUUCAAUGCCAGCGCUUGGCUUUGGCACGUGGCAGGCAAAGGAGGCGGACGUUCUUGAGAAAGCUUUGGAUACUGCUUUGGAAGCAGGAUAUAGACAUAUUGAUACAGCUCCGGUAUAUGAAAACGAGGAAAUAAUUGGUAAAGUUCUUAAAAAAUGGAUCGAUUCUGGAAAAGUCAAACGGUCCGAUCUCUUUAUCGUUACAAAGCUCCCACCGUCAGGAAAUAGGCCAGAAAGUGUUGAAAAAUACAUUAAAAAAUCUUUGCAAGACCUCCAAUUAGAGUAUUUGGAUCUUUAUUUAAUUCACACCCCGUUGGCUUUUGUGGAUGGCGAAGGUUUACAUCCGGUCGAUAAAGAUGGACAAAUUAAACUCGACUGCAGUACCGACCACGUAAAAGUAUGGGCCGAAAUGGAGAAACAAGUGAAAUGUGGCCGUACUAAAGCGAUUGGCCUAUCGAAUUUUAAUAUUGGCCAGAUCGAGCGAGUUCUAAAAAGUGCAACGACAAAGAUUUCGAUGUUGCAAAUUGAGUUGCAUGUUUUCUUUCAACAGAACGAAUUGGUACACUAUUGUAGAGAGCAUGAAAUUCCCAUAACGGCUUACUCGCCACUCGGUUCCUGGGGGCUUGUGAAGUUAAUGGGGAAAACGGAAGAGAUUCCAGAUAUGUUACUGGACCCUGUAGUAUUGGAGAUAGCAAAAGCUCACAAGAAGACGGCAGCGCAAAUUUUACUGCGAUUUAUUGUUCAGCAUAAUAUAGCAGCUAUUCCAAAGAGCACAAAUCCUAAGAGAAUUAAGGAAAAUAUUGAUUUGUUCGAUUGGGAACUGAAACCAGAUGACGUAGAGAAACUGAAACGCCUUGAUAAAGGGAAAUCUGGCAGAAUUUGUGAUUUUACGUUUUUCAAAGGGCUUGAUCGUCAUCCUGAAUUUCCUUUCUAAAUAUGUUACAGUUUCAAACAACAUCGGGAUGGAUUUUUAUAUUGUCACGUAAUUAAUUAAACACUAAUGUGAAAAUACAGUAACUUUAAUAUUUAUUUUAUGGUUGUACAUUGUCCUGAGAAUAUUUCUGGAUCGUUGAGACCUUUGGGACAGGGGGGAAAAGAUUGAACAAAGAAAUAGUACAUAUUCUUAUCUGAAAUAUUCAUUAAAGUAACGUAAUUAAAAAAACAUAAGUUUUUCUGAAAACUUCUCUUUUAUUGUAUCGUUUGCGAACAAAAUCUGAUACGCGUACAAUACAACUUAUAUAUUAUGAUACAUGAACUUGAAUUUUCUUUACAAAGUCAUGAUUGGUACGGACCCAUUCAAAUAUACGUCAAUCCUGAUUUAUAUUUUAUACACUUCGAGUCAAAACCUAGGUGCGUACGCUUCUUAAAAAAAGCUACCAAACAUUUCACUAGUUACUUUUUUCAAAGUUUCCGCAGUUUUACAUUAGUUUAAUCACAUAUUUACAAACAAGAUUGUAACGCACACGACUUCUUAAAAUCAGACCAAUUAUGUUCCAUGAACACAUACAAACGACCGAAUAACGAAGGUUGAAGACAUUAUAAACAAGCCUGGGAUGAAGUUCUGUUGCUUUGUAACGGGAGAACAUGUAAAUGCUAGGGAAUUUUUUCUAGAUUAAGAACGUAGUACAGUGAAAACUCGAUAAAUGUCCUCAAGAGUUGUUCCGUAAAUGAUACAUUUUUAUCUCCACCACUAGGGGGAUCCCCCUUGAACCAGUUGGGCGAAGUGUAACCGGAGACGUAGUGACAUUUAUCAAGUUUCAAUAGGAGUUAAAGUAAGGUUAUGUUCUGUGCAAGUUCCACGAAUAAGGUCUCUAAAAAGAGUGACUGGUUUUAUUAUUUUUUCUUGCGAAGACCGAAUAAGGAAAACGACAGAACUUUCUCUCAGACUGAACUGUACCUCCGGUGAUACUGAUUCUUGCCAGUCAAUUUCACUCCUGUUCGAACGAACAGAGAUAAAUUGAAAUGAUUUAACGAACUUUAAAGUGUUAUAGCUCUUUUUGGUAGAGAUGAAACACUUUAAAUAAAGUUCCAUUAAAAAAAAAAAAUGCAUACAAAUACUUUUCUUUACUUUUGUCUCCUGACAUUUUUUCCCCUAACCGUUUUAGAAGUAUAGCUUUUCCCAAUUGCGUGGGGCAUCCUAAAACCUAUUAGAGUCCUUUUACACUUAGGCACCGAUUUCGGCACGUCUGCCAAUCCGUUUUCCCGCUACUUUCUAAUCAGGCUACGUCCCUGAAUUAGUGUCACCAGACGUAUAUAGAACUAAAUUAGAAUUCGGUAGGUACACGACGAAAAUGCGGAAUAUCUGUUCGGAUAUCCGCGAAGGUAGACGCAAUGGAAGUAUCUGAAGUUCGUUUGUGCGAAUAAAAAUUAGAUGUAUCGAGAAUCGAUUAAAAAAAAUGGAGAAUAGUAAACCAUGUAUCGUAUAUUCUAAUUAUGUUCUCUGUAUACUUUACACUUUUUUCUUAUAAUAUUUAAU